AUUUUCUUGCAAGAAAAGAGACGCACGACUGUUUCCGCUUUAGCUAUUUCUUUUUCAGUCCUCCGUGGCAUGGCGGACGUCCUUAAACAAAUUUAAGUCGCGACUAAUUUUGGGUUUUACUAGUGAAAUCGCAAGCGAAAAUGAGUUUGACGGCAUCUCGCCCGCUGGUCAGCAUCUACACGGAGAAGAAUGAGGCCGUGAAGGACAAGAACAUUGCGUUGCCGUACGUGUUCAAGGCUCCGAUCCGGCCCGAUGUGGUGAGCGAGGUCUCGCAGCUGAUGCGCCGUAACAGGCGCCAGCCGUACGCCGUGAGCGAGGCCGCCGGUCACCAGACCUCGGCCGAAUCCUGGGGUACCGGUCGUGCCGUGGCCCGUAUUCCCCGUGUCCGUGGUGGUGGUACCCACCGUUCCGGCCAGGGUGCGUUCGGUAACAUGUGCCGUGGUGGACGUAUGUUUGCUCCGACCAAGACCUGGCGCCGUUGGCACCGCAAGAUUAACGUGAACCUGAAGCGUUACGCUCUGGUUUCGGCCAUCGCCGCUUCCGGUGUGCCGGCUCUGGUCCAGUCAAGAGGUCACGUUAUCGAUGGACUGUCGGAGUUGCCGCUGGUUGUUUCGGACGAUGUCCAGAAGUUCCAGAAGACCAAGCAGGCCGUCGCCUUCCUGCGCCGUUCCAAGGUGUGGGCCGAUGUCCAGAAGGUGUACAAGUCGCAGCGUCUGCGUGCCGGUCGCGGUAAGAUGCGCAACCGUCGUCGCGUACAGCGUCGUGGACCGCUGGUCAUCUACGCCAAGGAUGAGGGUCUGCGCAAGGCCUUCCGCAACAUUCCUGGUGUCGAUACCAUGAAGGUGACCCGGCUGAAUCUGCUGAAGCUGGCUCCCGGUGGCCACGUCGGUCGUCUGUGCGUGUGGACCGAGUCCGCUUUCGCCCAGCUGAACGAGAUCUACGGCACCUGGAAGAACAAGUCCACCGUCAAGAAGGACUACAACUUGCCGAACCCGAUCAUGGCCAACACCGACCUGGCCCGUCUGCUGAAGAGUGAUGAAAUCCGCAAGGUUCUGAAGCCGGCCAAGAAGACUGUCCACCGUCACGUGCGUCGCCUCAACCCGCUGACCAACACCCUGCAGCUGGUGAAACUGAACCCGUACGCCGAGGUGACCAAGCGUCGUGCCCUGUUGGCGUCCAAGAAACGCAAGUAUGAACGCAUCGUUGCGUCGUUCAAGGCUCGCAAGAUCGAGCUGGGCAAGAAGAACCCCGCGCUCAAGUUCCUGGCUUCGGAGAAGAACCGUGAGAAGCAGGUGGCCCAGAACAAGGAAACCCGCGCCAAGAAGGUCGCCACGAUCAAGGCUGAGGGCAAGGCUAAGCGCUUCGCGAAACACAGGGCCCUGGAAAACGCCCGACGUGCUCGCAAGGGAAAGCAGCCGCUGAAGGCCGCCAAGGCUGCUGCCAAGAAGUAAGCCAACUCGGUUAAGGAAGGGGACGAAUUAGGCUUGAUAUCUAUCAGUUCUAGUGCUGAACUUUCCAGUUUAUGAAUAAUGUGUAAAAGAAUAAAAGCUGAGGAUACUGUGGUACACAAAAUAAUAAGUCUUAUUUUUAUAAUUGUACAAACAUA